GGCUACUUAAUAGCCUAUACAAUAGCCAAUACAAUAGGUAAUGCAUGCUGAACAUAUGUUAGGAUCACUGUGUUCACAUACACAGUUGGUAGUUUUCUGUUAAGUGUGUAUGAAGUGCAGAUUGAGCCGGAUUCUUUCAUAUCCUGUGCCAUUUCCUGAAGUCCGUUUGCCAGCCCUGUCCUCCCCCAGAGACACUGGCACACGAAGAAAGGCCGUAGAAUUGGGAGAAGAAAAAAAAAAGAAAAGACGAGUCUAAUACCUGAGAGAUGAAAUUCGCUCGCUCCAUUCACUGCAAAUGAUGCCUCUUUGUUGGAAGGGAUUUGGAGCCGAUGAAGAAAUCUCAAGGAGGAAAACAACAUGUCAAAAUAAUUCAGCAGGGGUGCAUGGUCAUAAUAACAGGGGGAGAAAAAAAAUCCAACCAUUCAGAAGAGGACAAAAGAGAGGGGGACAGAAGGAAACAUUUAAAAGUCAGAGGAGGGGAAACAUGUGACUCUGAUAGAGAACAGCAGGAAACCAGGACUGCCAUCUCUCUUAUAAACCUGGCACAGUUUGUAAAGCAUUUUACAGUUUAAUUUCGGGUCAGCUGUGUGCCAUCAAGUUGUUACUUCAGGAUUUGCGUUUGGACCUUUUGUGUUGAUCCAGGUCAGCAGCAUGGCACUGCUCUGCCUGUGUGUCUGUGUAUGUGCGAGCGUAUGGCUCCACACCACCGCCCCUGCACCGUGGGAGGCCGGGGCGGUGGGAGGAGGGUGAGGGCUGCAGGGAGCUGCAGCCAGCACCUCUGCCCCCCGGGGCCUGUGGAUUGCCCCGUCCGCAGGACAAAAGGUGGCUGCUGUGAGCAGCGUGCCGACGUAGAGGGGCAGCAGUGUGACCCGGAUGGGUCCCACAAGUUCUAUGGCCGCUGUGGAGAAAGGCCUAGUCUGCCAGAGGAGUUUGGCUGCGAGGUCUCAUCUUACCCUCUUCCAAACCUGAACUGGAGGAAGACGGGAAGCGACCACUUCCUGCCAGGGGACGAUCCUCACAUCUCUGUCCAGGUUUGA